UGAAGUGGCUCUGGAAGCACUCGCGAAUCGUGGUCCUUCGAAUACUUUGGCUACUCGGAUAUUGUCGGAUUGGUGGUAACAACUUCUCUGGGAAGAUCCUUGAGUUCAUCGGACAAUGGAUAAGUCUCGAAUCCUUAAGGAUUCAGGCCAGUGGACUGGAGGGGCCAAUACCUUAUAACAUUACUCUAUUGGAAAGCCUAACAGACUUGAGAAUCAGUGACUUGAGAGGACGAGACACCCCCAUUCCACCCUUUAGUAGUACAACACGUUUCAAGAACCUAGACUUCCGCUUUAACAAGCUUAAUGGAUCCAUUCCUAUAGGGUUCGCUGAACUAAACCGCACCGACUCCAUCUAUCUUACUGGAAACUUGCUAUCUGGAAAAGUGUCUGAUUGGAUGCUCACUUUUGGAGAUGAUAUUGAUUUGUCGUACAACAAGUUUGCAUAUAAUAGCCCUCCCAACUGUCAUGUGGUUCUUCAUAUUUUGAUUCAACUGGAAGUCGAUGGGGAUUCAGCAACACUGGUCGCUUUAUGGAUGACGAUAACUGUGAUAGUUAUAUUGUGGACAAUACUUUUAAAGGUGACAAAUUUAGCAAGCUGUAAAGGACCGGGUGGCAGAUUUAGUAAUGGAUUUAUCAUUGCUUUUGACAAAAGAUUUAGCCAAGCCUUUUGGAAAUCGUAUGGCCAUGGUGGACUUGGAGAUGUCGUUUUAUGCAAGAAUAAGUUGGAUGGAAGACAAUAUGAUGUUAAGAAGAUUCAAUUAAAGGGCGGAAGUCAUCCUUUAGAUGAUAAAAUCAAGUAUUUAGUUGGAAUUGCUAACAACCUCGCUUUUCUAGUUCUGUAUCCGUCCGGUGGACGGGCAUAUUAAUGGUAUAAUGACAUAAGUUAUACCUUGAUUAUGUUUUUACCUCUCUUCUAGUUUUGUUUUGUUUGUUUUAGUAUUUAAAUUUCUACAACUAGUACUUUUAUUUAGUUGUUUGUAAGAUUAAUGUUUAUUAGUUUAAUUAAGAAUCUUAAUUUGUUCA